AAUAAAAACAAAUUUUUUGUAUCAGAAUCUCAUGAAGUAUGAUAUGUGAUAGAUAAUUUCCCACUUGCAUCAUCGACUGCUUCGUUUCGCACAGCUAAUACGAUGUGCGGCCUCGGGCUAAGCUUGUGUUUGGGCAAGUGCUGCCAGUUCUCUUCGGCUAGUUGCGUUCGUCAAGAACUCGAUGAGCGUACACUCAAUCUACUCUGCCGUCGCGGGCCUGAUCACUUUGAGAGAAUCUCAUUUGAGAUGCCAGUAGAUGCGGGACGCAUAGUCAGCUUUAAUCUCUGGGCGGCAGUGUUGAGUUUACGCGGCGAUAGUAUCUGUCCACAGCCCGCUAGAGGGUCCAAUGGACUCUUAUGCUUUAACGGGGAAAUAUACAAUGGGUUGAAUAUUGCACCUGGUAUGUCCGACACUGCAGCAUUGCUUGAAUCGUUAUCGUCGACUUCCUCACCGAGUGCAGUGGCUGCACUCAUCUCUUCACUUAGAGGACCCUGGGCUUUUGUGUACAUUUGCCAAAAAUCAAAAAAAAUCUAUAUUGGUAGAGAUAUUUUUGGUAGAAAAUGCCUUCUCAUUCGAGAAACACCCUGUGGCUUCCAACUUACGUCUGUGGCUUAUAAUCAUGAUUCGGAAAAUGAAAAUAAAUGGGAGGAAAUACCAGCGCAAGGUGUAUACGUGUAUGAUCUGCUUGAAUCUUCUUGGGCUCUUAUACGAUGGAACAGAGCACCGUCUGGAAGUACAGAUCACAACUUUGCUCCGUGUAAAGCUUUGCAACAUGUUGCUCUAGCCAAGCAACGACUCACUUGUCCGAUCACGGCGGCGCUAAGACGUGAGCUGCCGAAACACUCCUCAGAGGGAGACGGAGUUACGGAUUAUGGCACGUUAUUGGAGAUUUAUGCAGAUAAGGUUAUGGCGUUUGAGGAAGUACUCACUAAGGCAGUAAUCCGGCGAGUGGACAAUAUCCCGCAGCGAUAUGCGGGUAUUCCAAUAGGAAUUUUGUUCUCCGGAGGAAUCGAUAGCACACUGAUUGCGGCCAUCGCCAUGAAAUCCUAUCCAGACCUCACCUUUGACUUGAUUAAUGUUGCCUUUGAGCACGAAGAUUCACAAAGACAUCUCAGCUUCGACACGCCAGAUCGCUGUACGAGUAUAGAGGCUUUCAAGGAACUAGAAAGCCUUCCUUGUAUUGAUACUUCAAAGGCUCGGUUAAUCUGCGUUGAUGUUCCUUAUGAUGAGCUUCAGUGUUCUCGAGCAAAGUCGCACGUGCCUAGGCUAGUGCAUCCCAUGACUACCGUCCUAGAUGAUUCGCUGGGAUUCGCGCUCUGGUUUGCCGCUCGAGGUCGCGGACGUGAGUAUAGAACUGCGCAACCGUACGAAAGCAAAGCGCGAGUGUUAUUGCUGGGCAUGGGUGCCGAUGAACAACUAGGAGGAUACAGUAGGCACGCUGCAAGUUUUAAGGGUUCCUCGUGGUCAUCUUUGGGAGACUGCAUCGCCUUGGAUAUUGAUCGCAUUUCGUGGCGUAAUCUGGGCCGGGAUGAUCGUAUAGUCGCGGAUUUGGGCAGGGAAAGUCGAACACCAUUCCUCGACGAAGAUCUUGUUUCGUUCCUGAACGAUCUGCCUCUGGACCUCAAGAUGCGAUUGGAUCUACCAAGGGGUGUGGGUGACAAGUUAAUUUUGAGACUUCUAGCUUACAAAAUGUGCCUCAAGGAAACUGCACGUCGCACCAAGAGGGCAUUACAGUUUGGUUCAAGAAUCGCCCACGCUGACCCUAAAAAAAGCAGAGGACAUUAUGUGUGCAAUAGACUCGAAUAGUAGCGCAAUUUACGUAUAUGUAAAUAUCUACUUUUGAGUUAAUAACAUUAAUAAUCCAUUAUUUUUACAAUAUUGGUGAAUAAAGAAAGACUAUAUGGGAACAGAAACAUCGUCAGUCUUUAAAGCAAUCUCAAGUUGAUUGGAAUUUGAAAUUUCUGUUUACUUGUGAAAAUUGAUUUAUGUAGGUUAGUAAUUACUUAAUCUACACAUCGUUUCACUGGUUUAGUUAAGGCUUCCCCUUAUUUCUGAUUGAGGCUACAAUUAAAAAUAGUUAUGUACAUAUAGUUUUUUCCUAUACCGUAUUUAUGUUAGUUCUGUUAAAAGGUAUUAUGACUGCAUAAUAUUUUGCUGUGACAUUUAUGA